AUGAUAGACAAGAAAUGCUCUAAAUUUGUGUAUAAUAGAAGAGCAAAAGAGCCACUUGAUUGUGCGAUUUGCUUACUGGAAUUCGAGCACGGAGAUAAAGGAAGGAAGAUUAAAAGUUGCAGUCAUAUAUUCCAUGAAAAUUGUUUGGAUAAAUGGCUGAUGCACGGCAAGGGACAAAACAGUAAUUGCCCGGUUUGCCGGAGUGUGAUUAUACCGAACUAUAUGGUUGAAGAGAUCCAGGAAGUUGAAGAUGGAGGACUGAGGUUUAAUCUCUUUGAAGAAGAACUUGCUCUUCUAUUGCUUUCUGGCUUGAGUAAUGGAUGUUCUACUCACAGGUGUUCUUAG